CUCGCAGAGAGUUCAAUACGGACCUUAGAUUCUGUCAUUUGAUUUGGUGUUUUUAAGUGAAGAAAUCGUACCGAUUGCAAGAAUUUAUUGCCCUCAGGCACUUUAUUAAAAACUUAACGUGAGAAAAUGGAUAAUGAUUGGUUAAAUAUAAACCUUUCUCAAGGAACAGACUACGCUUCAACAUCUAAAACUGAAUUCUCUGAUGCGGAUCAACAAGAAGAUGUACCUUGUCAGCAAAAAGGAAAGAUAAGGGUCAGUAGGCCAUGGACCCAUAAGAGUAAUGUUUAUAAACACAAAGUUCAGCACGGACUAGAGCGCACGACCAAAUCGGGAAAUAUUAUUCCAGCUAAAAAGUUUGAAAUUCAGAUGGAUUGUGUCUGUAAGAAGAAGUGCGCCGAGAGAAUUGAUGGUUUGCAACAACAGAAACUUUUUGAUAAUUUCUAUGAAAUGUCUGCGAGCCAAAAGACCUUAUACCUUCGCGGUUGCGUCCAACGAGGCGCUUGCAAACAGCGGAUUUGUGAUAAGAUGCCAAUUAUUCCACUGAAAUUAAAGAAAUACACAAAUACUUAUUUAUUCUUAGAUGAAAAUAAUAUAUCGCAGCAUGUUUGCAGGAAAUUUUUCCUCACGUGUUUGCAAUUGGGACCAUCAAGUGUCCGAAAUGCACUGAUGUCAGAGACAAAUAAUCCCACAGCUGUUGAGAAACGUGGUAGACAUCCUCCAAAACUUAAAACUCCGACUGAAGAUCGCAAUUUUGCAAGGGAGUUUAUUGAAGCAAUUCCAGCGUGUAAGACUCGUGGUAGAAAAUCACAGAAUUCUAAAAAAUAUCUCAGUUCAAAGCUAAACCGCACAAAAAUUUACAAUGAAUACGUAGAAUAUUGUGCAAAACAACAGAGGACACCAGUAUCAAAAUACGUAUUUUCUGAUGUCUUCAACAAAGACUGUAAUCUGGCCUUUGAGAAGCCUCAAUCAAAGGAUACGAAAUAAAUGCAACUGAAAAAGAGAAAGAAAUGCAGAAAAGAUUAAGUAGCACUUGGAAGACAAAGAUUCUGUAAUACAAGGCCGUCAAAGGGAAUUAUUGAAUGAAGUUUUAAAAGUCUCAAAAAGAAGUGUAAUAACGAUCUAAAGGAGAAGGCUAAACGCAUCGAAAACAUCGAGGACUUCAAGAAAAAAUGGAAUGAAACAAUCAAGAACCACGGUGAUGAUCUUGUACAGACCUUGAUGGGAGGACUCAAGAAGAAGAUUCGAGAUUUCGCCAAUCAAAUACUUGAAUAAAAAACCUAAUAUAUCUAAUAAAUCUACAAUGAAUUAAAGUUUCAAAAAAUA